AUGCUGUCAGAGCGCUGCCCUGUGGAAGAGCUGCACUCCCAGGUGGACUCCAAACCGCAGAGUGCCGGCCGGUUGCCAAAGACCAGCCGCAAGUUUCCGCCCAGAGGCUGGCGAAGUCCAAUCUUGCCUGGAGACUUUGGCUGCGUGGGACAACAGGACCCGAACUGCAUUUUUAUCGCCCGCCACAUCGGCGGCUUGGGAUUUCAAGCUCAGGAGGCGCUCUGGCAUCACUACACCAAGUUCGGGAAGGUCAAGAAGGUGCUGGUGUCCCCCAAGGCAAAGGCUCGCAGCCGGGGGUUGAGAAAUCGUCCAGUUCCUUUGGGCGUUGUGGUCAUGGAGACUGCUGGCGGGGUGAGGAAGAUCCUAGCUCAGGGCGAGGAGCAGCUCGUCAACGGGCACCUGAUCAAGGUCCAAGGCUUCGAGAAGCCCGGCAAGGCGCGGGCAAAGGGCACGGCCCGCUCGAAGGCGAACGCUGUCUCAGAGGACGGCAGUUCAGGGGACCAGGUGGCGGAAGGGAGCUGGGAAUUCUGA